CCCGAAAAACCGAACCUGAAUGGACACCCCUAUGUGUAUAUGGUAAUGGAAGUAGUAGAACCAAAAAAGAUAAUGAAAAUAUUGGAGGGAAAAAAGUGAAAACUCCCUCCACAUUUUCGUGUUUGAGGAAUUCCGUCCCAAAAAAAAUGUGCGACGCGUUGAUACUCCCUCUCUCUUCCUAAAGAAAACCCCAAAAAUCCUCCAUUUCUUGUUCUGCUUUCCUCCAACGAGCAAAAAGCAAACCCAUACAAUCAGAGGAAGGAAUGAAGGGAUCUCCUCUCCUGCCCGGUUUCAUUCAUCUGGACCGAGCCCUAGGUAACUACAGGACCAAUUUCCAUGACUCCUAGUCAGCUAGGACAGAUCUAGAUCAGUGAUUUAUCGAUUUCGGCUUGCACAUGUUGGUAAAACAAUACUUUUUUAUCCGAUCUGCAUUUUUUGGUUGUUAAUCCGGGUUUUAUUCUUGUUUAGGCUGAUUUGGAUGAGGAUGGUGAGGGCUCACCGGAGAAAGGAGCGUCGGCGGCUUCAGCUGCCGCCGGCGAUAAGGUAGUCGACGACCGGAGGGGAGGUUUCAGCAAUCGAAGCUGUUGACAAUGGAGACAGGAGCUCCAUGCAAGGUUUUUUUUUGUUUUGGGUUUUUUUCUAGAUUGGGAUUUCCCAUCCGCUUCCUACGAAGAAGCUGAUUUAAUAUUCGACGGGGUUUUGUCGUCAGCUCCGGGCACUUUGACGGCGCGUCGAUUCCACACAGCGGAAGCACAACUGCCGAUUUCUUUACUGGUUCGCCCUGCCUGCCAACCUCCUCGGUCGCAACGGUAUCGCCCCUUUCUGUCCAUGCUCUCUCGGCCGCGCCAACCAGCCGCACCGCCGCCUGUUAGUUUGGUGGCUCGUCCCGCAGGCAAUCAUCAGCAGUCACCGCCAGGAUCCAUUGCCACCAAGUCCCUCCUCCUGUCGUCGAAGAGCAGCCUCUCCCUUUCCCAGGUAUGAAGUCAAUAAUGUAGUCCAUUUGGAAAGAAAAUCGCAAAAAUUAAGGUUUGUUGAAUUUAGGGAUUUUUCCCAAUUCUGAAUCUAGGGUAAAACUUGAAGAGUGCUUGUCGAUUUGUUGGUCCUAAAGCAGGAUAGGCAAUCCAAAUCUGACGAAUUAGGUUAUCUAAGGCUGGAGUAUCAGGGGUGCAUGGCAUUUAGCCCAUCCUGUCACCGUGAGAGGGAGUCGAGUACUGGAAAGACGACUUCGAGUUCUCAAGGUUGUAGAAGGCACUUACCUGGGAAAUGUUCCAAUCGGAGCUGAGCUCAACCUGGGUCUUGUUCUCUUACCCGUAUCUGGUGUUGAAGAACCUUGCUGGCCCCAACGUAGUGUCUUACAACAGUUUUAUUUCAGGUAUCGGCUUCCAUCUAUCUCAUUUAUUUGUCAUUUUUGGCUUCAAUCAGUCAUCUUGCUUCGAAGUGCUCUGUGAUUCGAAGAAUUUGUGCAUCAUGGUGUGAAUCAGUAGUUGAAUGCAAGAGUGUCACUGUAGGGAAUUUUCUUGAAUUGGGGAGUUCUUGGGAAUUCCUGAACUAGUGGGUGGAGUAUGCUUUUUGUUGCCAGUUGAUCUAAAGUCUGGGGACUGCGUCAAGAGUUAUCCUUCGAUUCUCGUUUUCAGUUCCAGCAUUGAGCUAGUGAAAAUGGAUGGCAGCUACAGUUCCCUUUUAGUUUAGUUAUUUUUCUUUGAUGAAUUCGAGCUUUCAUUGGCGAGAAGGUAGAAUUUUUAUUGAUAACUUCAAGGAUGGAUAUUUACAGUAGGAAAUGCAACAUGAGAAUGGUUUGGACUAAUUUCCAAUGUAAAUUACCUUCCGAUCUCCAGUCUGCCUAUAGUUCCCUUCCCUUUUAUUGAUCUUUUGGUUUUGCUUUUCCUUGCUCGAUUCAGUUUGAUGUUUUGCUAAAUUCUGUGGCAUGGAAGAUUAUCAGUAAUUCUUCACGUCUACUCAUUAAAGAAAUCCUUUUUUCGUAUUAAGUUCAUUGGUUUUCUUGUGAACAGGCUAUGGACCAGCUGGAUAUGCUUUGUUUGUGGCAGUAUAUGCAGGAUUGGAGGUAUGUGCUGAUUCUCUUAUUUAGGCCUUAAUUAAAUUCAGUUUCAUGCAUCUAGUGAGAUAUAUGAGAAGUUCUUCGUGGUCUUAAUACUAGUAACUACUGAUGUGAUAGAUGCACGAUACAUGUGAUGAUUUGAACACCAAAUUUAGCAUAUAGCUUUAAUUCCAUGUAGACAUUUUGUGAAGUUCUGCAUACUGAUCGAGUUCUUGUGGUCGAUGAAUGGCCCAAGUUAUGAUUACUAGUAGCUAUGGAUAUGCUAGAUGCACGAUACAUGUGAUGAUUUGGACACCAAAUUUAGCAUAAUUCCUUAUAGACGUUUUCUGAAGUUCUGGAUACUGAGGCCAAAUUCGGCUCGUUUGACAGCGGCUACUGUUCGGAGAGGGAUUAUGUUGGCGGAAUCUAAAAAUCAGGGUUGGGAUUUGGGGAGAUUCGUGAAAACAUUCUACUUCUUCAAUUCCCCUCCGUCCCGAGCUAAGGUGAGCAUGUAUUGAGUUAACUGUGUUGGUCCUCGUGGUCCUUUGAUCGAUGGGGAAUUGUCCUGGAGAUUGUAUGAAUAAUUGUUUUCAAUCUUGUGGUUUUGAAUAGUUCAUUCAGUGUUUGAUCAAUAGGAUUUCCAGUCCAUCGCCUUCUGAGGAGAAUAAGACAAUGAAGACCUCUGGGGUGGUCCUCGUGGUUGGUGCUACUGGUGGUGUCGGUAAAAGAGUGGUUGAUAUCUUGAAAAAGAAAGGAGUCCCUGUUCGAGCUUUGGUAUUCUUCACUUUCUAAAUCAAGCCAAAUAGAAAUUCCUCCCUUGGGUUUCAAAUCUCUUCUUGCACGACCUUGUUAACCGAAGAGUGAAUUCCACUCGGGGGUCUUUUGUCGAUGAUUUGGCGUGUUAGGUAAUGUUAUUUCUCUGAGAUUGUCAGAUUGUUGGGGACAUCACUAAGUAGAACACUUUGAACCCUGAGUACUUUAAGGGGGUCAGUAAAGUCAUUAAUGCUGCUUCUGUAAUUGUCGGUCCGAAGGAGGGUGAUACUCCUGAUAGGGCCAAGUACAGUCAAGUAUGCAUUGUCAACCUUAUUUACUUCAGUUGAUUUUUUCCUUUGUUGGCUCUUCUUUCUCUGAUUGUUAUUUGUUGAAUUGCAGGUAAUUAAGUUCUUCGAGCCAGAGAUGUGCACAACCAUGACGUGUCUUUUCUUCGGACUGAUUGACCUUCGAGUACUUUAACAGAAGCCAUCAGAGAUGCUGUGCAAGUAACUAAAUGUUUAACAUGUGAGUUGCUCAACACUGAUAUUAGUGAACUUUUACCUCUCAAAUCAAAAACGUUUUCUUCAUCUUAAGUUGUUACGAAGGAGGGAUUAGGUCUGUGUGAUGUGGUUUGCGGAUUUAUUGUUUCAUUGUGUCCGAUUUUAGUGUAGCAGUACCAAAAUUCAAAUAAAAUAUUUUUUUUAUGUUAGUUACAGAAACUCAAAUGCGAAAACAUAAAGAUUUGACCUAUUUUUAAUUUCAGAGUUUAUCUAUUUUUUAUUUUAAAUUGAGAUAUUGCAGAUGCAUAAAGAUUUUCAGAUCCGUAGAAGUCCUUUUCAAACUCAAAUGCGACAACAGUGUUUUUGGACAGGUUGUUAUAAACUCUUUCGUGAAUAAGAAUAGUGUUGUCAAUCUAACUUUGUGUUUCUGUUGUGUGCAAACUAGUACGUUCCCUUCCCUUCUUCAUUCUCAUUAAAGUUUCCCCUGUAUAUUAAUUAGUGUUUAUUGUGUUCUUCCUUUGCCCCUUUUGCUGGUCUUCUGUGUAAUCGUAUUUUUGUGCAUGUUUACUAUGUAGUUGGAUAGUAACUGGAAACAUGGGGGGUGCGGACAAGGGCAGUGACUCAACUAAUGGCCUCAAUGGGAAUUCUUUGAAGAAUACAUUGGUGAGCUUCGGAUCAGCAACUUUUCAAAUUCUAUGUUUUAUCAAAAUGAAGAAUAUGAUGCGAGCGAUGUUCACUUCUGUGCUGGAAAAUGGGUAUUUUUUACGAAUCUUUAUUAUUUGUUUUCGUGGAUGCAGGAGAAUGCCAAGAAGGUUGAGAAUCUGAUUAGAGAGGUUUAUGAGGGAGUGACGGUGAUGUUCAUAAAACUGAUAGGCGUUUCGAUGACCUAGCCAUGGACUUAUUGGAUCUGACAUCGAGGAGUUAUGAGCAUUGUAAACUUUUGAGAGAGACGACUGAAGCGGUUGAAGCGGAAGUUACAGAACUUAGGGGUACCCUGAGUGAUGAGGUUGCAGAUUUGUCUAAACAGGUUCGUUGCGUGAACAAUGCAAUCAAAAACCUGAAGACAGAUCUGCUGGAUGCAGUGAAGAACGAGGUUCAGAAGUUCAUUGCGACAAAGAAGGAACGCCAGUAUGUCGACUUGACUUUAGAAUCAGAUGGGGGAAAUGGCAAACCUGUACGCUGUGCACGCGCAAGUGCUCGUUCCGUGGGUGGGAAAUUGAAGGUGCCAGCGUUUCCGGAUAUUACAAAACCCAAGAAAAAAACUACAAAAUGUAGAGCUGGGCCUUUCACAGUGGGCAUUCAUGUCAGUCCCGAGGACAGCAUGUUAGUGGACUAUGUAUUCUGUACCGGCAAAGAGGGAGGUGAUGAGAAGAUCGCUAUGAUAAUUUGCACCUUUCUAACUAGGGAGGAUAUUUUGACCCUUGCACCUAACUCUCCACUGAGCACGUUGAUUCUAGACACUGUUGUCGAAAAGUUGACAUGGGCAGAUAGGGACAAAACAAAAAGGGAAUGCGCCUUUCUGCCCGUUACAUUUGCGGCGAAAGCUUCUGGAAAUAGAGACGACCUACGCAGCUUCAUCAGCUUAGAGCACGUGAAAACUCUAUAUUGUACUGACAUUCGUGAUUGCGAGGCGAUAUUCAUUCCCAUAUACAUGGGGAACCAUUUCGUGCUGUGCGUGGUAAAUCUGAAGAAGCAACAGUACUGUCUUUGGGACUCUCUACCGUCAUGCAUGGAGAAGACAGAAAUUAAUCAAAAGCUAGUGGACAUUAUGGCAGCCUUGGAUGUAUUGUUUUUUGAUGACGGCGCUGCCUGGUUCCAUGACGUUAGCUCAUUUCUGGCUUUUGAGUACAACCCAACAAAUGAUGCUCCCCGCCAACCCAAUACGUGGGAUUGUGGUAUGUUUGUGAUUAAUUGGAUGAAAUGUGGCCGCUCCUUGAACAAAAAGACAGCAAAGUGCAUGGGGAAACGGUUCAAUAGUGAGGAUGAACGUUUGAAGUUGGUGCUGGAACUGAUCGAUUGCACCCCGAAUGAGAAGACAGCCUUACUUGACCGCGCAAGAGAACUGGUCGCAUGAAUAAGCUUUACUGGAAUGAGAUGUUUACAGAUGCUUAGUUGUGUUUAAACAAUUGGGUUGGUUUUUUUUUUUAUGUUCUGCAGUUUGCUGGGAUUAUUAUUUCAUUGACGAGGAUUGGUAUCUCUUGUUGAUUUCGUUAUGUUGUGGGGAUUAGUGUUCCAAGUUAUGAGGCUUUAGUACUUUGCUUAGACGGCUGGGUUUAAGCUCAAUGAUAUUGCCCAUGGAUAUUUUAAUGCGAUUUGAUGAAACUAAAGAGCUAUCUUCUCUUCUUUUCAUCUCAGUUCGUUUGAAUUUAUUCUUUGUAUGUUGAUGGGAAAGUAAACCGUGUCCUGCUAUUAUACAUUAUUGAGUGCAGGGGGUUGUUCAUGGGAGCUGUUUACAUGUGCUUAAUUGACUGUCAUUGUGUAUCUCUAUGGGGGAUCGAACCCUCUACCAUUCCAUGUCACUACAUUUAGUCAGCAUCUUAAACCACUAGGCUGGUUGCCUGCCAUUCGUACAUAAGACUAUCGUUUACAAUUUUACUUAAAGUAGUUGGUGCGAAUUGAGAGUAAAACUAAAACAAAUACAAAAAACUUAA